AUGAGUGUGCAAGAAGGCUGCGAGACGGAAGAAGCGCGGGUAACAUAUGGUGUCGAAGGUGGAGAAGCGACAAGAUAUAUGAAAGAGGAAAUGAACCCCCAGAGGUUAAUCCUCCGGGAUCUUUCGUCUAAGAAGUCCUUCGAUUUACAACACCCCUUUCCCACUUCACAACUAUCUUCUCCUGAUACCAACGGAAGUCUUGGCAAUCUUCGCAGCAUAUCCCGUAAAACUUGGUCAAAAUCCGCAGAUGAUCUUGGAAGCUUCUCGACGUCCUCCUUUUCCUCUGCAGACAUAUCUUUUCAACAUAAAGUGGAAGAAUACAGGAAUAGAAGUAAUAGCAGUGCAACCUUGCAUCCCACUUCUACGGGCUCUGGUCCUGGAAGUCCCAUGAAGCACAUAUUCCUGACUAUUGCUACCAAUAGCCCUCUUUCAUCUUCGCCUCCUGAGUGUGGGUUCGCCUCUCCUGACCCUGGCAUUUCCAUCUCCGUCUCCUCACCCACUUCAGACACGUUCUGUUCCCCUCCAUCGGAGGACCCACCCCCUGUCCAUUCUCGCAACACGUCAUUUGCACCUCGAUUACCUUCUAAGCUAGGCUUUGCGCCAACAAGCCCCCAAAGGAAGGGAUCAGGGUCCAAUGGCAUGCGUGGUGUCUUUUCCUUCAGUCUUGCGAGUCCUUCUUCCAGUAAACAUCCGUUACCCAACCCAACCCCUCUCAGUGGCCAAAACACAACGUCGUCGUCUUCACCAUUACUUGCACCUACCAUGCUCAAACCUGAUGCACAUGACAGUCGCGAUUCACGUCUUACGUCUCAGAUUGUCUAUAACGUUGGUUUUAUCAACCGCAUGGGAGAUACCGCGCCAUCGAUCUAUGUGCAGUAUCGGUCAUACAGUACUGCUAUGAAUCUGAUGCUGUCGAAAGGAUGGAAGGCGGCCAAGGCAGAGCUUAAAGGGCCGAAGUUAUACUUCUACAAAGUGCCCGGCAACCGUAGCGCUGCCAUCAAGGAACUCUUCCAUACUGAGAUCGUCCCUCCUCUUCCAGUGAAGACUGCCAUUCCUGUUUAUGACGGAGAGCUUCUCGUUGCUCGCAGCAACCUAGAUCCGCUGUCCUCAUCUCGGUCUCCUUCUCAUCCGCCAUCCAGACCUUCGAGUUCUAUAGUCGAGGGGUGCAAUCUCGCCAAAUGUACGACGUGUUCACCUUCUAUCCGUGUAAAGCCUGGAUUGUCUCAGGGUCUCGAGCGGAAGAGCAGCGUUGCGCAUCGAAGCUUGUUGCCCUCUACAUCUUGUCGACCGAAUGCUAUGGUGACAGAAGUAUCGUCAAAGAGGCCUAUUCGCGUCAUUGUGCAAGCUGGAACUUUGGAUCGCCUAAUCAAUGUCCUCGUGCACGGCCUUCAGGGCGUUUCAAUAGCUGUGGCUGAGGAUAAUGGUGAGACAUCUCUAAGAGACGGCAAAACCAGGGACCUUGUCGUUGAUCGGUGUAGAAACAACUAUACUGAGUGGGGCUAUACGAAGAUGGCUCCAAACUGA